GGAGGAGAGCAGCUGAUAAAAAGCACCCACACCCCUCCUACCUUUUAGUGCUUUGAAUUAUCUGGCCAGGCGGACGACUCGGCUCCUACGCCGAGGAGGAAGGAGGAGAUACCGUUAACUUUUGCAGGGGGAAGCUGGAAGCGCGUGAAAGAAAAUCGCUAUUAUAAGCAAAAAAAAAAAAAAAAAAAAAAAACGUAAGCGCUAGUGUUUCUCUUUUGCCUUUUGGGGAGGGGACGUCCGGCUGUCAAACUUGGCAUUUUUGCCAGCCAACCACCGAGAGAAAAAAAAAAAAAAAGAAAGAAAAAAAAUCACCACCUCCAAUUAUUUGGUAUCUCGCCGGUAAAAAGAAACGUCAAAUUCCUCUUUGACCUGGAAGAAAAGUGGUCGCACUGCACGGACAGUGUCCUUCUGGUCCGUGGGAUGUUUGACUUGAGGAAGCAGGACUGACAGAAGGAGCAUGGUCAGACACCAACCCCUCCAAGUCUAUGAGCGCCAGCUGUGUUUGUCUUGUAUCACCGGGAUCUACGGUUGCCGCUGGAAACGUUAUCAACGCUCUCACGAUGACACCACCAAGUGGGAACUGCUGUGGUCCCUCAUCCUGCUUUUCACCUUCAGCGCUCUGCUGGUCUGGUUCUACUUCUGGUUGGAAGCUCACAACGACUACAGUGAGUUUAACUGGUCCCUCUACAAUCGCUCUGGCAAGUGGAGCGAUGGCACCGUUCCAGUCUUGGCCACAACCGCCGCUGGCUUCAUCUACAUAGCCUUUUUAAUGGUUUUAGCCCUUUGUCACGUUGCACUUGGCCAACAGCUGAAUUUGCAUUGGUUGCAUAAGAUAGGAGUCACUGCGGCCCUUCUCACAACUGUUGUCGGGGUGAUAUCCAUCAAUCAAACUUGGCAACACGAGUGGGACAUCAUCCCCAUCUCUCUGCAGGCCACAGGCCCGUUCCUGCACAUCGGUGCCGUCGCUGCUGUCACAGCUCUGUCUUGGAUAGUGGCCGGACAGGUCGCCCGUGCAGAAAAAACAUCGUUCCAGGUUGUGGUGGUGCUCCUGUAUCUCAGUUUGUUGCUGGGUGUAUACGUGGUGCCGCUGUACAUCACCUCGCCUUGCAUCAUGGACCCCAGCAACCUCAGGCCCCGUCCAAAUGUUAUUGGUCACCAAGGUGCCCCCAUGCUUGCGCCAGAAAACACAAUGCGGUCCUUUCAGCGAGCACUCCAAAUGAACGUCACGGGAUUGGAGGCAGACGUUGCAAUCAGUGUUGACGGUGUCCCAUUCCUGAUGCGCGACCGCACCCUGCGCAGGACGACCGACGUAGUGAAAAUGUUCCCAGACAGGCAGAUGGAGGACGCCACGUUCUUCAACUGGACCGAUCUGCAGCAGCUCAACGCAGGACAGUGGUUCCUCAAGGAUGACCCCUUCUGGACGACACACACACUAUCGCCCCACGAAAGGAACCUGAUAGCCAACCAGAGUGUGUGCAGCCUUGAACAACUGCUAAAACUGGCCUCUUAUCAUAACACCACUGUGAUGUUCAGACUCAGGAGACCCCCUCUGGGGCACCCUUGUUACCAUAGCUGGAUCAAUGACACUUUGCAGGCUGUGGAGCAAUCUGGGGUUCCUCAAAGUCUGGUAAUGUGGACUCCAGACGAAGACAGAGAUCAGGUAAGAGAGCUUGCACCCGAUCUGGUCCAGACGUCUUUAGUGAAGCAAAGUCCUCAAAGCCUCAGAGAGGCGGACAUCAGCAAGCUGGUACUCCGAUACAACCAGGCAAGCACUCAGGAAAUCAGGGACUUGUCACAGAAAAACAUCAGCCUUACCCUCUACACGGUGAAUGAGCCCUGGCUGUACUCAGUGCUGUGGUGCAGCCACGUGUCGGCUGUGUCGUCUGAGGCACCGCAUAUCCUUAAAAAGGUGCCUUACCCCAUCUGGCUCCUGAGACCAGAUGAAUACUGCCUGUUGUGGGUGUGUGCAGACCUUAUCUCCUUUGUGGUGGUCAUAGGAAUAUUCAUUUUGCAGAACUAUCACAUGAUCAGGUAUCGCUCCAGCAACAUGCGCAGCUACAACCCUGAGCAGAUCAUGCUUAGCGCCGCGGUGAGGAAGUCCAGUCGGGACCUCAACGUCAUGAAAGAGAAGCUCAUCUUCUCCGAGGUGGGUGUCGGGAGCGGCGAGGAGCUCUACACAGAUGGCCCCAAUGGCUAUGACUACUACACGGAAAGAGGUGGGAGUUAAUGAUGGAGGAACUGCUUGCUUUGUGUACAUUUUGUAAAAUAAACUUCGGCUCAACGGAUGCUAUUUGGACUCAGCACUUUUCAAGCCAUGGAAGGUCUCUGGCUUAUUUGUCAUUUUUAAUAGGAGAGGUCCAUAUUCUCCAUUUCAAGCUCAUUCUCCCAAAAAGGAGUUCAAUUUUAAGCACUGAUGCCUGUUUUUAAUAUAUAUAUAUAUUACACCAUAUACAUAUAUAUAUGAACUGUAUUUCAGCAUGAAAAAUGCUUCCAGCUCAUCUUCUUGCUCUGCUGUGUUUUGUGAUUUCUAUCUAAAGUGUUUCACUGUGUAAAUGCUUUGUAAGGAAGUCCUGCGGGUGCGUGAAACAGUUAUGAUCAUAUAAGAUGGAUGUGAGCUGUACAGUCGGGAUGAAACGGGACACAAAACUGUUACUCCUCUCUUCAAACCACUUCCAGUAUGUAUCCCGAUUGGUUUUGUGUGUGUGUGUGUGUAUGUGUAAACAUGUGUUUAGGUUGUGUGAUGUGCAUGUGAUGCUUUGCUACAUAAAACACAAAUGUGAGUCAUGUGAUGGACCUUGUUUCACUUGGCUGUAGUCAAGUCUACAGUGGGUCUUGUUUACAAACCAAAAGCAUCUUCGUGUCACUUGCUGCUGUAAAAAUAUGAAGUGUGAAUAAAACUAAGUUAACUAAAGGGACACUAACGGGAGAGCAACUUGCCUUGUGUGUUAAUUUACUCAUCGGAUUGUACUGUGCCUCAGAAGUUAAAUAAAAUUAAAACAACUUCUAGUCAGUCUACAAA